AUACGUCACUGCCAGUAUUAGAAAAGCACCUGAUUAAUUUGUCACGCCUGAACUGCUGGAAAGGUCCCUUCCCCCUGGUGAGUUAAAUAUGCGUAACGGGAACCGAGAGCCGCUCAAGGAGUGGAGAGAGAGAGAGAGAGAGAGAGAGAGAGAGAGAGAGAGAGAGAGAGAGAGAGAGAGAGAGUGAGAGAGAGAGAGAGAGAGAGAGAGAGAGAACUAGAGUUGGGACGAGAAAGACAACGCGAAGCAAAUGAACGGAGCAGAGAGCUACUUCGCCUAAAAAUCCUGACACUUCACACAAAAACUGUGCAACUCUUUCCCCUCUGCAAUCUUGCCAAAAGUGCAUGCAGCGCUGCAAUGAUUAUCCAAAGGAACACGCUUUUACGCGGCUUCUGCUUUUUACCUGAAUGAGAAAGGUGAGAUCCGCCUGUAGCCACGCCGAGAUGAAGUUCGGCAAGAAUAUAUGCAUCUUAAACGUCGGUGGCACCAAAUACGCAUUCACCAGAGAGGUGAUUAAGGAUUUCCCACUCCGGAGAGUAAGCCGGUUGCACAGCUGUUCAUCGGAGAAGGAGGUGCUGGAGGUGUGCGAUGACUACGACCGCGAGCGGAACGAGUUCUUCUUUGAUCGCCACUCCGAGGCGUUUGUGUUCAUCAUGUUGUAUGUGCGCUCGGGCAAGCUGCGCUUCGUGCCGCGGAUGUGCGAACUCUCCUUCUAUAACGAAAUGAUCUACUGGGGUCUGGAGAGCUCGCACCUGGAGUUCUGCUGCCAGCGGCGCCUGGACGACCGCAUGUCCGACACGUACACGUAUUUCUCGGAGGAUGACGGGAGAGCCGAGGAGGAUUCGCGAGUGGGCGAUGAAGAGUCCGAUGUGAGGGGAUCGUGCACCGAGCGCGCAAACCCGGGCUGGCUCGAGCGCAUGCGGAGGACCUUCGAGGAGCCUGCGUCCUCCGUGGCCGCGCAGAUCCUUGCUUCGGUCUCCGUGAUUUUUGUCAUUAUUUCCAUGGUCAUCCUGUGUGCCAGCACCUUGCCUGACUGGGACACAGCCAAGAACAACACAGUGGAGGAGCACAGGAUCAUUGAAGCGGUAUGCAUUGGCUGGUUCACUGCCGAGUGCAUAGUGCGUUUCAUUGUCUCCCGGGACAAAUGUGAGUUUGUACGGCGGCCUCUGAACAUCAUUGACCUCCUGGCUAUAACACCUUACUAUGUAUCAGUGACCAUGACAGCUCUGACUGGGGAAAACCCGCAGCUUCAAAGAGCAGGGGUCACACUGCGUGUGCUGAGGAUGAUGCGCAUCUUCUGGCUAAUUAAGCUGGCACGCCAUUUUCUUGGUCUGCAGACGCUGGGGCUGACGCUGCGCCGCUGCUACCGUGAGAUGGUCAUGCUGCUGGUGUUCGUGUGUGUUGCCAUGGCCAUCUUCAGCGCUCUGGCUCAGCUUCUGGAGCACGGGCUGGAUCUGGAAAGCAGCAAUGAGGACUACGCCAGCAUCCCGGCAGCCUGCUGGUGGGUUAUUAUCUCCAUGACCACCGUAGGCUAUGGAGACAUGUAUCCCAUCACAAUGCCGGGCCGCGUGCUGGGUGGUGUGUGUGUCGUGAGUGGCAUUGUGCUCCUGGCUCUCCCAAUUACCUUUAUCUACCACAGCUUUGUGCAGUGCUACCACGAGCUCAAAUUCCGCUCAGCACGCUGCGUGCGAAGUCUCUCUGCUGAAUUUCUCAACUGACAUUGGUUUCUAUGGGACAUACUGGUCCAAAGUCCAUCUCCGUUACCCCUCAUCUGAUAUUUCUGUGCCUUUGUUACAAAACCUUUAACAGCCUCAUGAAUUGUAAGCUAAACUAUAGAGAUAUGAUCUGAGAAAUGACUACUAAUGACUACUAAAAUGACUACUAAAAUGCAGCAUCUCUACAUUUUGACCAGUUUAAAUGGUAACAAGUACCUCAGACAACUGUGAUUCAUACUUUGAUUGUAAGUGACAGGAGAACAAUACAAAGAGAUCCAAUGUGAAUAGCACACAGCAAUCAUAACAACCCAAAGGAACUACAUAAGCCAGGGUUCUAAGCCCAUCUCUGUGAAAACCAAUGAAACUGACCCAAAGAGACAGUAUAUCUCUUUUGUUUGGUGAUAUUUAAAAAGAACAACUGUGGCAACAGCCUGCACCAGAUGGCAUGGCACCUAUGAGGGGCGUCUGGCAAGCCUUUUCGGGUCUUGACAGUUCUCCAGACCUUUGUCGGCUUUUCCUCAAAAGCCCUGGUCUGGCUUUACAAACAGAAACACUUUGUUCCCAUGGUGAAAUAUCUCCAGCCCAUUAGACUGUUAAUUCAGAUCAAUUUGCUCCAGAUAUGAAGAAAGGAACAACAGACAGAGGUCAUUAAAGAAAACAAUUAUUUAUUACGACUGAAGGGAUGUUUUGGAAAGUUUAGGAACAACCUACAGCAAGGUGUAGUUUGUUGUCCUAGUGGAUAACAAUCAAAAUUCCAGUCAGUGUUGCAGCCACAUUUGAUCCUUAACUUCAAGAAACAAACAUCAGAUGUUGAGCUACACAAGGAUAAAGCCACCACCUGCCCAUAUCUCAAUCGAAGAAGAUGACUGUGCGGACCGAGAGGUGUUAACUAAAUUGAUUAGCAAACACCUCACCCACACACUCAGCAGUCGGAGAGCUGUCACUCUCCUCCUCCUUCACCAUACACAUACGCAAGCACAAAAGCCAGCCUCUCUCCAUUACUGGCUCCUGCCUAAUCUGUGGUUAGGACUACAUUGAAAGCAAAUACACAGUUCAUUCACCUGUAGAUUUGUUUUCUUGAUAGCAUCAAAUGUUAUGUUGGAGAAAAUCUAAGAAGGAAUGUACUUAAGUAAUGACGCAUGCAGUGGUUUGUCUAACAUUAUUUCUCAUACCUACACAUGUUUGGUAGAUGUAAACAUUUGAAACAGAAAGAAAGGAAAGCUGGCCCUUGCACAGGUAUGAUGAAGAUAAUAUUACCCAGUGAGCACCAGCUGACCAGACACAUUCAUGGACACUGGACCAUCCUGGUCAGAAAAAAGUUCAUUUUGCAUUGGUCCUUUUUAAUGUUAUAUAGUAUAUUAAAUUAUAUUAUAUUUUUUAUGCAGUCUUUUACAAUUGAGUGCAAUAGUUUGUAUACCUUGUGACGAAAUGGACAAAAGAAAAGUUAUAUAAUAUGUUAUAGCAUAAUAUAAUAUAAUUUGUGAAUGAGAAUUUUCACAGUUCAACAAAAAAAAGAACAAAAAAUGGCAAAUGUUAAAAAAGUAUAGACAUUCAAAAGUAGCACCCUUGGAAGCCUACUCUUUACCUCUUCAGCUGUGUCUAAACUCCUGUAUAUUCUUGGAGGAAAUAGAAAUGGGCUAGCUGUAUACAAAAUGAUGGAGCAGGUUUUUUUUUAAUAAAUAAAGAGCAUUUGCUUUAAGUAUAUUUGAUAUCUGCACAUAUAUAUUGUAUAAUAUAUUGUAUAUAUAACUAGGUAGACACAUUAUUUUUGACACCAUUUGUGUCAGCAAAAAAGUAUUUUUGUACUCUACUGAUGCUAUGAUCUACAAAUAUGUCAGUUGAUGAACAGUAAACGUUUAAAUACAGUUAAAGUUUAUUAUUAUGUGCAGCAUAAUAUGGACAUGAACAAGACUGCAGACUGGACAUGCACAUAUGCUAAUUUUGUAAGAAUUGUAUAAAGCUUAGACACUCAGCUGCUUGCUUGCCCAAAGCUUUCUGUAGAUCACAGUUAAAUAUGCGCUGUUAAUCCAUAAUACUCUAGGGUUUUGUGGCUAUUUUUUUCUCUUUGCCUGCUAGGAUCUUCUUGUUAGCAAAGUUGGCAGACUUUCCUUGGGGAACCACUGGGAAUACAAACUUUUGCAAUCAACUGUUUAUUUUUCCACCUCUAUCAAAGGAUAUAAUACAGAUUCUUACUCUGAAAAAGACUACAUUUUUUAACAUCUUAGUGCUCACUGGGUAAUUAGUCUCACCACAUUCAACUUUUUAAUACAUUCUGCUUUGUAACUGUGAAGCUAUGAAUAUUGCAAAAGUGUCAUGAAAUACUUCAUGCAGCUAUUAGUUGUAGAUCCUGAAAGAUAAACCUGAAAUAAUGUUUGAUGUGAGAAAAAUGUACUUGCCCUCUACUAAAGAAACACAUGUACAUAUGUUUUAUAUUUAGCACAUUUUUGGCAGGCUUUAUUGCAGAAAUAUUUGGACUCUUAGAAAAUAAAGUGAUGCAUUUGCAUUUUGGCUGGAUAUAUGUCAGUUCUUCCACUUUCAACAUUACACUUUGACCUCUGGGAAUAUUUCAUUAUUGUACUCACUAUUGUAUCUCUCUCUCUCUCUCUCUCUCUCUCUCUCUCUCUGAUAUACACAUACAUAAAAAACUAUGAACGGUGAAAUGAAUAUUUUGUUAUAGUGGUCCCUUUCAAGGGGUGGGAAAUAUUAGCCAGCAAGCAAACAAGCAAAACUGGGCAACUCUAUGGAUCCGAGAGACUUUGACAAAGGGCCAAAGUGUAAUGUCUAGAUGAUUGGGUCAGAAUUCCUGCUAUGGAGUGGUAUCCCAGAGAAGAAGUACAAAUUGCUGAAAAUGUCAACGGUGGCUGUA